AUGGUUUUCAUACGAUCAGUAAAACAUGGAUGCCUUCCAUUGAUUAUAAUUUCUAAUUAUAAUUUCGUCUUUACUUCCAAAGGUCAUUCUGGUGUCAAUCAAUUGGGUGGUAUGUUUGUCAAUGGACGCCCACUACCCGAUUCCACUCGGCAACGUAUCAUUGAACUCGCACAUUCCGGAGCUCGACCGUGUGAUAUUUCUCGAAUCCUACAAGUGUCCAACGGUUGCGUCUCGAAAAUUCUCUGUCGAUAUUACGAAACCGGAUCGAUAAGACCGAAAGCAAUUGGUGGAAGCAAACCGCGAGUGGCCACGAGCAUGGUCGUACUCAAAAUUGCCCAUUACAAACGGGAAUGUCCAUCGAUUUUCGCAUGGGAAAUACGAGAUCGCCUACUGCAAGAAGGGAUAUGUACGCCGGAAAAUAUACCCAGUGUAAGUUUUGCAAACAGGCAGAAAGUUAAUAUCCAACGAUCAAUUUAUAUUGACAGCUUUUAUUUUCAUUGA